AUGGCACACUCAAGCAACAAAAGAGAAUCUCGUGCGUUGAAAAAGACGUCAUCUGGCACACUUAAAAGCCAGGAGCAGAUUAUAGAACAGUGGUUGGAGAAUGAAAUCGAGCACGAGUUCAGUGAUUUUGACGAUGAAGUGAGGACCCAAAUUUUCAGCGCGAAACCGAAUGUUUUGAUGCUGACGAGAUCUCCGACGAAGAAGUCGAGCUACAGAGACCAAGUACUCCGGUCAUUGAGGUUAUUAGAGAGCGUCAAGAAACCUCGAACGAGCAAUCAGAAUAUUAUACGGGUAAAAAUGGAUUCACUUGGAGUAAACAAGAGAGCUCCAGGACAUCGCGGACUGCAUCCCAUAAUAUUUAUAAUAAGAUUGCCUAGUCGAUUGAAUCAUUUUACUUUUGAGGGUUAUUUUGAUCUUUGGUCAAAGGUUUUUGACCAAUCAAUGUUAGAACGUUUAGUAACAUUUACAAAUCAAAAACUCAAUAGUUAUCGAGCUCAGUUCAAAGAGAGCACUAAGGUUGAACUUAUGGAUACAAAUGUCACCGAAACGAAAGCCUUUAUAGGCCUUAUGUAUGUACUACUCGUCAGUACUGAAGUGCAACGAUGCGGAUCUCCGUAUAAUAUUUGCAACCGAUGGAACUGGCCACGAAAUAUUUCGCUGUGUGCUGUCCAAAUGGCGUUUUUCUUGUUUGAUCAACUGCCUUCGCUUUGA